UUAAUGAACUGAUGCACGUGUAGCAAAAACAUCUCAAGAAUAGCAUCGGAAAUAAGGCGACAAGAUCACGAACAGUUCUUGAUGUUGCUCGAUCUUUUGCGGAGUUCAAGUGUUUCGCUCGCUCACGACCAACAUUUACUAUGAUCCCCUGGAUUAAUUUAUCUUUCCUCAUGCAAAAAAAUAUCCACUUCGACCAAUCAAAACAGGAACGGUCAUCAUCUCCUGAUCUCGUUCGCUGAUCUACGUACCGGAUGGUGGUAUAACUAGCAAGAAUGCCAUCGUCUUACAUCCACCAAGUCCGCCUCUCACCCACACCCAUUCUCUACCAGUAUGACCAUAGUCUUAAAUGAUCCCACUUGGUGGUCGGCCAUCAAUGCAUCUCGUUUAAACAGCUAUUUUGUAGUCGCCGCCUGUGUUGCAGUGAUGUAUGAUUCCGCACUUACAUUCGGACAAGAGGUGGAACUGAUCUGGAGACAACGAUGGUCCUUAAUGACAGCUCUAUAUCUCGGUGUGCGCUACCUUGGAUUCUUAUACGCUACCCUUGCCAUCUUGAGCGGGAUUAUCUACAUCGCAUGGAUUUGGACAGGUGUUGUGGUAUUUGCGAUGAUAUGGGUCAUCAUCAUCACUCGGUUGUAUGCCAUGUAUCAAGGAUCUAGAAAGAUCUUGAUAUUUCUCAUUGUUACCUUCCUGCUUCUUAGCAUUUUCGAUGCAGUGGCCGUCGUGCUUAUCACGAUAUAUUCUUCAGGAGAGGAACUCAUUCUCUCUGGCACUUAUCAGUGCCUGAUUCACGAUACGGAAAGAGUCCUACUCCUUAUGUCUGCUACUUGGGUGCUCGGCACCGCGUGGGAGGUCCUCGCGCUAUGUCUCACAGUCUGGAUUGCGGCCAAACACAUCCGUGAACUGCGACAACAUUCGGCAGGAGGGAUUAUCGAGGACUGUUUCACGGUGUUGAUGAAAACUCACGUGGUUUACUUUGCGAGCUUUGUUGCUGUUUCUUGCAUUGAGCUCAUUGUUAAUUUCUCUCCAACACUCUCAACGGGCAGUUCCCUGGACGCUCAGAUUAUUUUGGGGGUUGUUCAGAUUUUUGAGGUCGUGCAGAUGUUUGUGCUGGGACCGCGCCUGAUCCUUGGUGUUCGGGAAUACCACGCCAAGCUCGUUGUCGAUUCCGAUGCAGCAACUGGUAUGACCUCAAUCGCUUUCCAGGAGCGCGUGGAAAUAUCGACUGGCAGUGGUGUGUGAUACUCGGUGGAGUUAACGGGUUGUCUGUUGCCCUCCAAAGAGCAGGAAAAUUUGCUUUUAUUUAUUACCACUUUCUUGAAAGUAUUGAUCGAAGUUAUUUGGUGUUCCAAAGUAGAUUUCAAGGAGACAUACAAAGUUUUCGUCGUAUUAUUUAUUCCAGUGAUUUGCUAUACGUGCUGAUAAUACUUAAAUCGAU